AUGUUGAGCUCCCAGCUGAUCAUAGACUUCGAUAAGCAAGAACCUUCCGUUAAAACGUCUUUGGUUGAUGUAACCGAUAAGCUCCCUCAACGACCACCCUGCAGAAUCUUAUUCAAGAAUGAGUUUGAGCAGCCAAGUGGAAGCUUCAAAUUAAGGGGAAUUGGGCAUCUAGUUAGUAGAUGUGUCAAAGAAGCUAAAAGAACUGAACCGGGAAAACAGAUUCAUGUAUUUGCAUCCAGUGGUGGCAACGCGGGCCUUGCAGCAGCUUAUCUGGCGAGAUAUUAUAACGUGAAUUGCACUGUUGCAAUACCUCGUAUCUCGAAACCAGAAAUUAAGAAAAAACUUUGCAGCUAUGGAGCUGAAAUAAUCAUCUCAGGAGAAAGUAUUUACGAGGCUGAUCAGCACUUAAAGCUGAUUUUGCAAUCUGUGGAUAGAGAUAAAAUUGUACCAAUUUACUGUCACCCUUUCGAAAAUCCGUUAAUAUGGGAGGGACAUUCCACUAUAAUAGACGAGAUCGAAACACAAAUGUCCGAUAUUGACCUCCGAAAAGUUAGGGGGAUUGUAUGCUCUGUUGGGGGUGGUGGGCUUUAUAAUGGUAUUCACCAAGGGUUGUUACGAAGUAAAUUGAAGCUGGACAUAUUACUUAUAGAAACAAAGCAAGCACCCACUUUUCACGAAACAGUAAAGGCAGGUAGCAUUGUGACUUUGGGAAAUUUGCUGUCUGUUGCAACCUCACUAGCAUGCUCAUAUUUAUCAGGACAAGCCUUUGAAAACUACAAAGAUCAAUCGCAGAUCAAAACUACUUUAGAAUCGAUUGAUGACUUUGAGUCUUUGGAUGCCUGUGUGUCUUAUUACGAUAACUUAAAGAGAGUAACAGAGCCCGCAUGCGGAGCUUCCUUAUCUGUAGUGUACAAUCAGCCGAACUUAUUGCAAAAAACUUUUGAGAAUUUAAUAGAAGAUGAAAUCAUAAUAGUAGUAGUUUGUGGUGGCUCUUGUACAACCUUGGAGGGUAUCGAGGAGUUCAAAAGAUUAUUGGCUGAUAAUAUUCCAAGCAAAUUAUGA